CAUUUAUCCACAGAUCAACAGGAACCAGGAGCGGGAAAGGACCUGGGACAGAACAAAACGGUUUUGGAUCUGUUGGAUUUGGUUUUGUUUUACUACUUAAAGACUGAAACAUGUGUUCCGGGAGUUUUGCCAAGUGCUUGGGCAUCACCCUGAUUCCUCUGGCUAUUCUUUGCCUUCUCUGUAACAUCUUGCUGCUCUUUCCUGGAGGAAAACCUGCUGAUAAAAAUGAUGACAUUACGGACGAGGCCUGGUACUUUGGGGGAAUUAUGGGCUCUGGAAUACUGAUGAUCUUCCCAGCCCUGGUGUUUUUGGGAAUGAAGACGAAUGACUGCUGUGGCUGCUGUGGCAAUGAGAGCUGUGGAAAACGAUUUGCGAUGUUGUUCUCCAUUAUAUUUGCUGCAGUCGGCAUUGUGGGAGCUGGUUACUCCUUCAUUGUGUCAGCAGUGGCCAUCAAUCGGGGACCCAAAUGUCUUUCCAAUGGCACAUAUGUAUAUCCAUUCAGUGAAGGUGACUACCUGUCCAACCACACACUGUGGGACCUGUGCGAGGGCCCUAAAGGCAUCGUAUCCUGGCACUUAACACUCUUCUCCAUGCUGUUGAUCAUGGGACUGGUGCAGGUGGUACUGUGUGCGUUCCAGGCUAUCAACGGACUCAUCGGCACCAUCUGUGGAGACUGCUGUGGAUGCUGCGGGGGCUCCUAAAGUCAGAAGAUGCAACAUGCUGUUGAUUUACAAACAACUUUAAUACUCUUCUGUUUUUCCAAUUUGAUUCUGUUCAACUAUUUAUACUGUUUUGUACCAUUUACUGUGUACACCAGGGGUAUUCACGGAAGCAACCAAGGUUUGCAUGCUAACAUUAUAUAUACAAAAUUAAAUGUAUGUGUUUUAAACUCAUAUAUUAAUGCCACUAAUAUGUGCCAAUUAUAUUUAUAUAUGCAAUGUUUUGUAUAUCUUGUAUUGCAUUAUUGUAAUACAGUAAUCUUAUUUUAAUGCUACUUUUGGUAUAUAAAUGGAAACCAUAUAAAUGCAGGGCUGAAUACCACUGGUGUGCACUGGGCAUUGUUUGCCUGAUGGCUUUGCUUAUGAAGGCAAAACAAAAUUUUAGCAUUUUUUUAAACAAGAAUAUUAAGCAAAGUAAAGUGAAACAAUAGAACUAUUUUUACUGCAAAUAAAUUGGGUAAAAUAAGAACUCCAAAUACUUCUUUAAUUCACCUAUUUGCACAGAAUUAUAGCAAUGCUAUCACACUUUUUACUACAUAAACUGCCAGAGCAAACACUAUGUGUGUAAAAAUGUACUAUGUGCGAAUUUUAUAUACUGUAUGUUAGACUACCACAAUGAUUUUAAAAGUGUUUUUAAAGUGUUUAAGAAUUUAUAGUCCUUUAGCCUUUUGUGCAAAGCAAAACAUGAUACAGCAGCGUACGAGGAGGGGAACGAUGCUACAGGAUGUGACCCAGAAUCCCUUGGAGAUUUGUGCUGAAGAUCUGACUACAUUAAAAACAACAGACUGAAGCUUUAAGUACAGGGUACAAUUCUGUUUAGUUAGUUCUGUUAGUUGCUGCAUUGGAAGCUCACUGACAGGGACAGACAGCAGAUAGUUGCUCAACUAUCUGUUUAAAUCUGAGAAUGUGAAAAAAACAAAACAAAGUAAACCAGUAUUGGCUAUGCAAGUAUAAAUAAAAUGUUCUUUUAUUUUAAAA